UGUUCUACCUUGUGACAGGGCAGCAGUAUGAACCCCUUGGAUGCCCUGCUAAAGGUGCGCGUUCCCUCCCCCCUUUCCUGGGGGACUCAGACUCUCAGCAAGGAGCUCAGCUGCAGGCCCUAACAAGGGCAGACUCAGGGGAAUCAGUGGCGCUGGUGACUGGUGGGAGAUAUGAGUCCAGAGAGAGGCUCAGUAUGAAGCUAGCCAGGGGAGAAGAUGGAGGGGCUGCAGCUUUCUCUCUACCGGCUGCAGGUGGCCUCAAGGAUGAGAAGAUCCAGGGAAGGGAUGUGACCAUUACUAAUGAUGGUGCAACCAUUCUGAAGCUGCUGGAGGUAGAACAUCCUGCUGCAAAAGUUCUGUGUGAGCUGGCAGAACUGCAAGACCAAGAAGUUGGAGAUGGGACCACCUCAGUGGUAAUUAUUGCUGCUGAACUUCUGAAAAAUGCAGAUGAAUUGGUCAAGCAGAAAAUUCAUCCCACCUCUGUUAUUGGUGGCUAUCGUCUUGCUUGCAAGGAGGCAGUUCGCUACAUCAAUGAAAAUCUCAUCAUUAACACAGAUGAACUUGGCCGGGACUGCCUUAUUAAUUCAGCUAAAACAUCACUGUCCUCCAAAAUCAUAGGAAUUGAUGGUGACUUCUUUGCCAACAUGGUGGUGGAUGCUGUGCUUGCAGUUAAAUUCACAGAUCAAAAGGGUCAAGCCAAAUAUCCAAUCAGUUCCAUUAACGUUUUGAAGGCACAUGGGCGUAGCCAGAAAGAGAGUAUUCUUGUAAAUGGUUAUGCACUGAACUGUGUGGUGGGCUCACAAGGUAUGACCAAGAGGAUAGUUAAUGCAAAGAUUGCCUGUCUUGACUUCAGUCUGCAGAAAACAAAAAUGAAGCUUGGUGUUCAGGUGCUGAUCACAGAUCCAGAGAAACUUGACCAGAUUAGACAGAGAGAGUCAGAUAUCACUAAAGAGAGGAUUCAGAAGAUUCUGGCCACAGGUGCUAAUGUUGUUCUAACCACUGGUGGCAUUGAUGAUAUGUGUCUGAAAUAUUUUGUGGAUGCUGGUGCUAUGGCAGUACGCAGAGUUUUAAAAAAGGACCUUAAACGCAUUGCUAAAGCAGCAGGAGCAAUCAUUUGUUCGUCUCUGGCUAAUCUAGAAGGUGAAGAAAGCUUUGAGGCAUCAAUGCUGGGACAGGCAGAAGAGGUGGUUCAAGAGAGAAUUUGUGAUGAUGAACUGAUUUUAAUCAAGAAUACCAAGGCUCGUACUUCUGCGUCAAUUAUUUUACGAGGAGCCAAUGACUUCAUGUGUGAUGAAAUGGAGAGAUCCUUACAUGAUGCUCUUUGUGUAGUUAAAAGAGUAUUGGAGUCCAAGUCUGUGGUACCAGGUGGUGGUGCUGUAGAGGCAGCACUUUCAAUAUAUCUUGAAAAUUAUGCCACCAGCAUGGGAUCACGUGAACAGCUUGCUAUUGCAGAAUUUGCAAGGUCUCUCUUAGUUAUUCCAAAUACCUUAGCAGUAAAUGCUGCCCAGGAUGCCACAGAUCUUGUUGCAAAGCUGAGAGCAUUUCACAAUGAGGCUCAAGUUAACCCAGAACGCAAAAAUCUGAAAUGGAUUGGUCUUGAUUUAAUCAAUGGGAAACCUCGUGAUAACAAACAAGCUGGUGUGUUUGAGCCUACAGUAGUCAAAGUAAAGAGCCUGAAAUUUGCAACAGAAGCUGCAAUUACUAUUCUACGAAUUGAUGAUCUUAUUAAGUUGCAUCCUGAAAGCAAAGAUGAUAGAGGCGGGUGUUACGAAGAUGCUGUUCGUUCUGGAGCACUUGAGAACUAGUCUGGCUUUUAUUUAUGUUACUGUUUAGUUGUUCAUCUUACACUUCUUCCCAGUAUUGUACCUAGUGUGUAUGUUAAUAAAAUGGGGGUACUUACAAGAGAA